CAUACGACGCAGCGGGGGAUGCGCAGCCGCCAUCUGAUGAUGAUCGCGAUCGGCGGGACCAUCGGCACGGGCAUCUUUCUCAGUGCGGGUUCGGCUGUCGCCACGGCAGGUCCAGGGAGCGCACUCAUCUCCUACUUCAUCGUGGGCAUCUUCUGCUAUGGUGUGGUCAUCUCUCUAGGAGAAAUGGCGUCCUACAUCCCGGUCUCUGGCAGCUUUGCCGUCUUCGGCACCCGAUUCGUGUCGCCCGCCCUUGGCUUUACCCUGGGAUGGAACUACUGGCUACAAUGCGAGCUCACGGCUGCAGCUGUGAUCCUGCAGUUUUGGGACGCCCGCGUCCAGCCUUGGGAAUGGGCACUCGUGAUCAUCGCGCCUGUCUUCCUCAUGCAGCUGAUCCACGUCCGUGUCUACGGAGAGUCUGAAUACUGGUUCGCCACCAUCAAAGUAGUACUCAUCAUACUAUUCAUCAUUGUCGGACUCAUCUACGACUGGGGUGGCGUCCGCCAUCACCCUGGGCCAGGCCUGGCAAACUUCCACAACGGCCAGGCCAUCAUCGGCGGCUUCUCCGCGCUCGCGCAGACCUUCGCUUACGCCUUCUACUCCUAUGGCGGCGUCGAGCUCGUCUCGCUCGCCGCGGGCGAGUCUGCCGAGCCGCACCGUGCCGUCCCGCGCGCCGUUCGCGCGACCUUCGUGCGCAUCGUGCUCUUCUACAUUCUCACCAUCCUCACGAUUGGCCUCUGCAUCAACUGGGACGACCCGACGCUCCUCAGCGCAGCCUACGACUCGGACGUGACCGCGUCCCCUGUGACGGUCGUCUUCGUGCGCGCCGGCUUCGGCGCCGCAGCGCACGUCGUCAACGCGGUGCUCCUCACCGCGGUGCUCUCCGCGACCAACUCGUGCUUCUACGCGAGCUCGCGCAUGCUGCUCUCGCUCGCACGUACCGGGCACGCGCCCGCCGUCCUCGGCUACGUCAACCGCCGCGGCGUGCCCGUGCCCGCGCUCCUCGCCGCCCUCGCCGUCUCCUUCCUCUCCUUCCUCACCACGAUCUGGGGCGCCGGCGUCGUCUUCACGUGGCUGCUCAACCUCACCGGCAUCUCCGCGCUCCUCACCUGGGGCUCCAUCGGGCCCAUCUCGCUGCGCUUCCGCGCCGCCUGGCGCGCACAGCACCGCGCCCCGGACGACCUCCCCUACCACCAGCCGCUCUUCCCCGCACUCCCGCUGACGACGCUCGUGCUCGCGGUGCUCAUGUUUGCCGCACAGGGCUACGCGGCGGUCGUGGAGCAGCCGUUCGACUGGCGGAAUGUCGUUGCGACGUACGUUGGCGUCGCGCUGUACGUGCUCCUGUAUGCGGGAUACUCGGCAUACGAGUAUUUCUGGGUCGGGCGGCGCACGCACUUCGUCCCGCUGGCCGAGGUCGACCUCGACACCGACGCAGUGUGGGCGCGCGGGCAGGGCGCCAUUGUCCGUGAGCGCGAACGGGCAGAGGCGGAAGCCAAGAAGCUCGGGGAGCGGCAAAGUGGAAUCAAAUACUGGCUGGCGAGUAUUAGGGAGCGUAUGCCCUGAAUUGUACGUAGCGUAUGGUCCUUGUCCGAUGUAGAUGGUCUAGGCGCGGUAGGUCUACUUUU